AUGGGAGAGGCGCUAAGUAAGUUAGUGUCGGCGGGCGGCGUGCAAGGCGGGGGUUCCGUUCUGGACCGAGUCAUUUCCCAGCCUAGUAGCGAAGACCACACGGUACUUUAUAAACUCGCCGAUUAUAAAAAAGGCGGUCUGCUCCUCGAGACGUAUGCUAAAGGUGGAAUGAUGGCUGCAGAGAAGUUGAUCCGGGAUGAGUUUGCAUCAUACAUGUAUGCUGGCGGCAGGGGACGCGUCAUCAACCGCGCGGAGUACUUGCGGUGGAAGUUCAGGGAUCAGGAGCAGGUGGUGUUACCUAUCGAAGCGUCCCUGUCUCCUCACGACCCUCUCGCGAAGUGGGAGGAUCACACGGCUUGUUGGCAAAUGUGCUACCGAGGCGCUCUGGGAGAGUCACUACUACAUGUUCUCAUCAUUUGUGAUACUAAGAUUCACACAAGAUUAGCCAGAACGCUAGUGAAAUGUUUUCCAAGACUGUCACUAGAUGUCGUGGAGGGUGAGGAAUAUUUAGGAGCCAGUUCUCUGCACCUGGCUAUAGCCUACAGCAACAAUGAACUUGUUCAAGACUUAGUGGAGGCAGGAGCUGACGUCAACCAGAGAGCUAUUGGCAGUUUUUUUUUACCUCGCGACCAACAACGCGUGCCUCCAGCGAGACAGACAAACUAUGAAGGUCUGGCGUAUUUAGGCGAGUACCCCUUAGCCUGGGCCGCUUGCUGUGCUAACGAGGGGGUGUACAACCUACUUUGUGAUUCUGGCGCAGAUCCUGACGCGCAGGAUUCGUUCGGAAACAUGAUAUUGCAUAUGGUGGUCGUUUGCGAUAAAUUGGACAUGUUUGGAUAUGCGCUCCGUCACCCGAAAGUGCCAGCUAGUAAUGGUCGGAUGAACCUGGCUGGCUUCACUCCAUUGACCUUGGCCUGCCAACUGGGCCGAGCAUCGGUCUUCAGGGAGAUGUUAGAACUAUCUGCAAAGGAGUUCUGGCGAUACUCUAAUAUCACCUGCUCUGCUUACCCUCUUAACGCACUGGAUACUUUAUUGCCUGAUGGAAGAACCAAUUGGAACUCGGCGUUGUUUAUAAUCCUGAACGGUACGAAACAAGAGCAUCUGAACAUGUUGGACGGAGGUAUCAUACAGAGGCUGCUAGAAGAGAAAUGGAAGACAUUUGCCAGGAACAAAUUCCUUAAACGUCUCCUAAUCUUGAUGCUGCACCUCCUCUUGCUAUCACUCUCGGUAUACCUUCGCCACAGCAGUGCGGAAGCCGAUGCUCAUCCAGAUUGGGGGCUGGAGAUAGCUGAUGCUAGGAGUGGGAUUCGACUGGCGAGUGAAUUAGGUACUAUCGCCAGUACGCUCUGCUAUAUCAUACUGCAACAAGGUGAUGAGCUGAAGAACCAAGGCGUGGUGGCUUAUUUUAAACAGUUGAUCCACGAACCAGCAAAGUUCAUCUUCCUGAUAUCGAACCUGUUGCUCCUAGCGUGCAUACCAGCGCGUCUGAUGAGGCAAACGAUGCUAGAGGAAGCGUUACUCAUAUUUCUACUGCCUGGCUUCUGGUUUCUACUCAUGUUCUUUGCUGGAGCAGUCAAGCUGACGGGUCCAUUCGUGACGAUGAUCUACAGCAUGAUCACCGGCGACAUGUUCACCUUCGGGAUCAUCUACUCCAUUGUGUUGUUUGGAUUCUCACAGUCCUUCUACUUCUUGUACAAAGGUUUCCCUAACGUGCAGUCCACGUUGUUCUCAAGCUACCCCAGCACUUGGAUGGCCCUGUUCCAAAUUACGUUGGGAGACUACAGUUACACAGACCUCAGUAUGACAACAUACCCGAAUUUGUCAAAGACGGUGUUUGCGAUCUUCAUGGUGUUUGUACCCAUUCUACUGCUGAACAUGUUGAUAGCUAUGAUGGGGAACACGUACGCUCAUGUCAUUGAACAGUCCGAGAAGGAGUGGGUCAAACAGUGGGCGAAGAUAGUGGUGUCUCUAGAAAGGUCAGUAGCCCAGGAAGAUGCCCACAAGUACUUGCAGGAGUACUCCAUAGGUCUAGGACCGUCUGAUGAUCCUCGGUACGAAGUCAGAGCUGUUAUGGUGAUUAAGAGCGCCGCCAAGACUAGAGCCAAGCAGAGAAAAGGUGCAUUGACGAAUUGGAAGCGCGUGGGUAAAGUAACGAUAGCUGAGCUGCGUCGUCGCGGCAUCAGUGGCGAGGAACUCCGCCGACUGAUGUGGGGUCGAGUGUCCAUCUCUACGCCUACUAAGGCUCCUUUAGGACGUAGAACAGCAGCCCCGCCGCCCGACGUGACUUCAGCAGGAGUACCACUGGCGCCUGGUGCAGGCGCUGAGGGAGGGGGAGUGGCACCCGCACUUUCAUCUGCACUCAACGUCAUGGCCUUCACCCAGGAAAUGAACCUAGGGACUGCCGGAACUCCAGGUCAGGAGCACAAGCAACCAACUCCAGACUUGUUAGUCAAUGGCAAAACAGCCCCAAUAGUGCCCAUAUCAGCGAUUCCUUCGCAACCCUUUGUAACCACUCCUAAUCAACUCAGCGUACCAUCAGCUUUUCCACAAAAUAAAACAAGCUUAGAAGCUCCAAUGAUGGGUGCACUACCAAUCCCUACGACCACAACUCAAAUGCCAACAAUGGGAGUUCAAACGAUGUAUACUGGCGUUCAAACGCCGUUGCCAGGAGCUCACAUGCCAGUACCUGGCUCUCAAACGCCAUUAGUUGGUGGACAAAUGGCAUAUACUGGUGUACCGACAACACAACAAAGUGGAAUGAUGCCUUAUGCUAGUACUCCGAUGCCUCUACCGAGUACCCAGAUGUCAAUGCCACUACCUGGUGUCCAAGUCCCAAUAGGUAAUCAAAUGCCGAUGGGUAGUGCUCAAAUGCCGAUGGGAAGUGUCCAAAUGUCGAUGGGUAGUGGACAAAUACCAAUGGUUACUGGACAAAUACCAAUGGUUACUGGACAAAUGCCAAUGAGUAGUGGACACAUCCCGAUGGGUAGUGGACAAAUGCCAAUGAGUGGUGGACAAAUGCCAUUGAGCGGUGGACAAAUGCCAAUGAGCGGUGGACAAAUGCCAUUGAGCGGUGGACAAAUGCCAAUGAGCGGUGGACAAAUGCCAAUGGGUAGUGCUCAAAUGCCAAUGAUAGGUGGUCCAAUGCAAGUUCCCGGUGGUCAGAUUGCAGUUACAAUGCAAGGGCCUUACGGAGCUAUGGGACAAAUGUAUCCGAUACACGGUCAAAUGUACGGUCCAGGAAUGCAACACAUGAUUGAAAUACAAGUACAGAAACCGGUUUCCGACGAGGUGUUCCCGGACUAUUUGUUCGAGUUGAUAAAGCUGGCGGAGGACCCGGGCUCUGACAAGUCUGAGAUCAAGGCGCUCGCUGAGAAAGCUGCGGACUUAGACGCUGUGCCUGAGAUAGACAUCAAUGUUUCAACGGCAGCGAGAUCAGCUCGGCGAGUAGUAGCGGGUGCAGUAUCGGGACUGUUCGGAGUGGCGGCCGACGCGCCCACCGCCGACACUGGAUGGAGGCGGGAGAGGAACGAGAACAGUGACAGCGACCCUAUAUCAGAAUCAGUGUUGCUGGGGCGAGCGUCACGAGCUCGUCGUGCGCGUUCCGCGUCGCGACGCGCGGCACCACCGCCUCCUCAUCUAUACGUCCCUGCCAGAUCUAUGUACCUGGUAGCAUCUGAAAGCAGUGCUGUAGAAAGUGAUGUACCACUAGAAGAAACUGCCAGUUCCGGAAAUAAUUCAGCGGUAGCUGAUGUAGCUCGUAUAAGAGCAGCUCGACCGCUGUGCAUCCUGUCAGCAACUGGAUUGCCUGCACCCGGACAAGUGGAACAUUCCAUGUUUGUUGUGGGAGCUGGCAGUGGGGCUGAUGUUGAAAGUGCGGCCCCAGCCUCAGCCCAUACAGCAAAUAAACUCAAAAACAAGAGACCGAAAACUGCACGUCCCAGAAGAAAUAGGGUAUCUCCUUCACCAGUGAUCGAGGCAGGGAGUCCUCUCCAACCUUGGGCGACUGCGCCGCUGUCUAGACUGUCACAGCUCAUCAGAACAUCGAGUGCAUCAACUACGUCCCUAAACUCUCCCGUCUCAGCUGAUGAAUCAGACUGUCCACCUCAGAAAAGAUACUAA